AAAACAUGAAUGUGAAACGUUUAAAAAAAUGAAAAUUUUGUGAAAGAGUUCCUUGAAAAUCCAAGUGAAAAGUUAAAAUUAUUAAAACAAACUAAAAAUCUCCAUAAAAUGAACCAAUCCAGCCGUUCCCUCCAUUUUGAUGGAGCUGUGGAAGUAAAGUCUAAGUUUGACGCAGAAUUUCGCAGAUUUUCUCUGGAGAAGUCCAAAUUCCAAUCCUACGACAGUUUUAAAUAUUUAUUGUCAGAGCUUCAUCAUCUGCAGAAAACGCCAUUUUUUGUGAAGUACGCCGAUCCGCGGGAUAACGAUCUUCUGCCGAUCACCAAUGACGAUAAUUAUUUUGCAGCUCUGCGUAACGCAAAGCCGUUGUUACGUCUAGUUAUUCAAAGGGAGGGAGAAGCGUACGAUGAUUUGAUGAGAUCUAAAUCAGGGACAUUUUUGGGAACGUUCCUUGGAACCCCUAAGCAGCAUAAACCCAUGUUGACAAUCUCCAACACGAGGGAGUUUAGACAAGUCUCUGAUAUCAUUGACGUCGAUCUNAUCCCCCCAGGGGCACGUGUAAAACUGUUGAAACAUGGAUCAGACAAACCUCUUGGUUUCUAUAUAAGAGACGGAACCAGUGUCCGAGUAACACCUCAGGGGUUGGAGAAGGUUCCUGGAAUAUUUAUAUCUCGUCUUGUUCCUGGAGGAUUGGCGGAGAGUACCGGCCUUCUGGCUGUUAAUGACGAGGUUCUAGAGGUCAAUGGUAUAGAGGUCGCAGGCAAAUCAUUGGAUCAGGUGACAGAUAUGAUGGUUGCGAACUCUUCGAACCUGAUUGUAACCGUGAAACCGGCAAACCAGCGCACCAGCAUGGGUCCACGCCGCGGCUCAUUCUCUAGAACAUCAAAUAUGUCGCAUCAGUCUAUCCUCUCAUCCUCCACACACUCCAGAACUGAGUCUGAAGAUCUGGAGGACGAGGAUGAGAUCAGAGAUCUUACUGCUGAGCAUACCCUAGACCAUCAUGAUCAUAGGAGGCAACCCAGUAACAACUCUAGAAGACAAGUUCUUCAUUUAUAGAAGCUAAAUAUACUCUGCUUGGAAGAAGUAAAAAAGGGGGUCUCCCCCCCCCCUCACCUCCUGCCUUUAAUAGUUACUUCCUCAACGUAAUUUGUAUUCCUAAAUCAAUAUUGAUAUUUAACAUAAAUUAAAAAAUAUUUUUUUAGAAAUAAGUAUACAUAAUUAUUAUAUAUUGACACCCUGCAAAAAUGAAAUUAUGUGGCUUAAACCCAAUUUAAAUCCCGUGAAAGCUAAGAAAAUGUGCGAACAAAAUAACCACUUUUACAACAACAAAAAUCGAUAAGAAUUUUUCAAAAAUUCCAUCAGUAACUGCAAUAUUAUGCAUGCAUUCUUUAAAUUAAGUCGCUACGUGCCAAAUUUUUUGCUUAAAACAACGUGCUGUUCUUUUGUUAUGUUAUUCUUUUGCCGGCAUUCGAACUUGACGUUAUUUGAUUUAGCUUAGUUCCUUUUAUUUGAAAUCUGACCAGCUUUAGAAUUUUGUUCAUUUUGCGUUCUAACUAUUUAAUAAAAUCAAAAUAUUGUUGAAUUUAAUCCAGUAUUUUAGUAAACCUGAUUCCCCUAACUUAGAAUAAAUGAUUGCACACGAUAAUCUGUAUUUAAUAUGUAUAAUGGAUAUUUUUGUAUCAUCUUCAUAUAUUUGGCGAAUAAAGUAUUUUUAGCACUAAA